GAGACUUUAUGAAGAUGGAGAUAUUGAGUUAAGUACCAAGUGCUCGAGAGAGCUAGAGUUUUUAUUUUAUUUCGCAUAGUACCCAGUUAUUAUUACAGUGAAUGUGGAGUGGAAGGUGGAAGAAAUAAAAGAUCGGAAGUUAAGCAAAGGGCAAAUAUGUUGACUGCGUGGGGCUUCGGAGUAGAGGUUGGAGCGAUAUCAUAAGAAUGUAUAUAAUAAUAUGAGAAUUGAGAGUUGAGAGCUAAGAGCUGGCAGACAGGACCAUAAGAAAUGCCGUAGGCCGUAGCCGCACCAUACCUAGAACUCUCAAGGAUUCUUAAAAAGUGUUACGGUGAACGAUUCACUGACUUGGUGUGACUCAGUACCCAGUAUCCAGUUCCAUACUCUACACUCUACUCCACCACCAGUCCAACAGUUUAUUUCUUUACUGUCGAGCAGUUGAUCCUCCUCAGUAGACUCAGUCGGAGUACUGCAUUCAUUAAAUAUUUAUCCGGUCAGUUAUAUAUCAGUGUUGUGUAUUUACAUUGAAGUAUACGUUUAUUAUUAAUAAUAAUAAUAUACUUCAAUGAACUUGUGUCAUUAAUAAGUCAAGUCAUUCAAUUUAUAUUUUAAUUAAUAAUAAUAAUAAUUGAUUAUUUAUAAUAGUCUCUUUGUAUUAUUAUAAUUAUACAUAUACAUAUAUUGAAUAAUAUGUUUUAUUGUGAAUACAAAUAAAUUAAAUAGAUUUAAAUUAAAUGAGAAUGGAAUAUGUGCGGUAAUUAAUUGGGUCGAGAUUAAAUGGAGAUUAAUGAAAGAGAGAGAUAAUAAAUAAAUAAGAAAAAGAAAAAUGUCGAAAGAAUGUAGAUACUUUGUUCAGCAUGUUUGGAAAGAAGAUCUCUGUGCAAAUUGCUUUAAAUCACGUGAAGAUCAUCAUAAGGCAUUAAAAGAACGUGCUAAGGUUUAUGUUCCCUCGCCUGAAAUAACAAAUUUCAAGAGUAUUUUGAGAGACAGUAAUGGCAGACAAUCAGAAUUGCCUAGAAAAAGUGUCGAUUUUCCAGAAGCAUUGACGGAAGUUAUCGGUUAUGGAGGAGAUUAUAUUUAUAGUGAUGAAGAGUCUGAUGUAGAGUAUUAUGAUGACAGAGCCGGUGAAAAAUCAAAAUCUGAUGAACAUGUGCCAGAGAAUGAGGAGGAUCGUGCGCUGAAUAAUAUCACUCGUGCAAAUACGAAUUUCAAUCGUACGACUGCAAAUAUUGUAGACUCGCCAUCACCAUCAUCUUCAUCUUCUUCUUCAUCUUCAUCUUCAUCUCCAUCGUUGUCUACAACAGCGACUACGAUCACAACUACGAGUACGACUGAUGCCAAAGGUUUAAAUAAUUUAAUGCUCGGCACUAUUCAGAAAGACAAUGAUGGUAAGAAAAGGACGUUGUUGGUGUCUGUGACGCCAUUUAAAUCUGAAAGUACUAUUGGGCCAUCAAAACUUGAUCGAGAUUGGCUGGAUCGUGAUGUCGCUGUAAGGAAUUUAACGGAUAUAAAAAUUGAUUCAAGCGUUACAAAUGCCAUAAGUACUGAUAAAAAACCUAAAAUAAUUCUUGAUAAGAUCGUAGACAUGCCGCUUAUUGAGUCGAAUAAUUUUAUAUCGAUGACUAAGAAGCAUGAAGCUAAGCUUGCUUGUGAUAAACCUGAUAUUAAAUACUCAAAAGCAUCGUCGGACCUCGCCAAGCAUAAAGGAGUUGAUCAAGUAGGAUUAAAAAGCCAUAGUGAGAUGAUUAAUUGUAAUAAAAUGUUGAAAGAAUCUGUAAAUAGUGAGGAAAUUGCCAUUCCCGAUUUAGGCGAGCGUACUAUUGAAGGAGAAUCUAUUGUAAUUGAGUCCUUGAAUGCUAAGGAUGAAACUAAGGAAAAUGUUGAUGAUGAUAAUAAUGAUUCUGAUGAAAGUAAUGUUAAUAAUAAUAUUAAUAAUGAUAAUAGUGAUGCUAAUGACAAUAAUAAAGAAUUAAUGAUGGAAAAUAGUAGAGAAGAUGCUGGAGCACCGGAUGGCAAAGCUGCUGAUGACGAAAUGUCGGAAUCGUCUUGUUCAUUGACUCAUGUAUCAACAAUACCACGCAGUUCAUUUCUUCAUGGCGAAACUACUUUUAAAUCUGACAGUUCUCCUAAGUCUGUCAGCACCGAAUCAUCAGACGAUAACACUUUGAGCAAUGAAAUUAGUGAUGAUGAUAAAUUAGUUAUUAAGGAAAUUGUUGUUAAGACAAAAGUGAUUGGAAAUAAGAGAAAAAGUCACGAUAGCUGUGGUAGUCAACGAAGACAAGCACCAAAACCACCGGAUCAAAUGACUGAAGAAGAGUCUCUCAGCACAUUGUUUGCAAGAAAUCCAAUAUCAAAUAUUAAGUAUGAUAGUCCGGUUGUGAGAGAAAAAGAAAAACGCGAACGUGCUACAUCAUGUAGUCCAAAGUUCAGUCGUACUGAUGAUGACGAACUAAUGAAUAAUCAGACUUAUUCUGCAAAUGUAAAUAAUGAAAAUUCUCGUAAGAGUAUAUCAUUAUCUGAGUACAGUUUAAAUUCAUACUCCCGUGAGUCAUUGGCUGGUGAUAAUACUGUGCAAGACAAAAAAAAAGGCAAGUCAAGAUUUUCGCUUAAAAAAUUAUUGCGCAUCGGUGCUUCUAGAAAAGAAAUGAAUAUUACAACUUGCUCACACACAUUCGCGGAAAAUUUUGAUGAUGACAGUGGGAGCUGUAUGAAAAUUACUUCUUCAAGUCCAAGUUCAAGUCCACGUGAGCAGCACACGGCUAAUUGUAAGUCUAGGCCUGAAAUCAUUCAUCCGUUGGAAUUCAAUGGCGCGGCUGUUGAAGUAUUGCGUCAUGAUAAACUAAUUAAUAGUCCGAAUCAAUCCGUCGGUCGUGCUGACGCCUGUGCUGAUAAAUCCCGUUAUUCCCAGACUGUUGCUCAUCUAGGAAAACCACCAUCGCCACCUAAGAAUGUUCAGCCGUCUAAAAAUUACUUGCAUUCAUUGAUGAAAAAAUCAGCAAACUCUUCUCCGCCGUUAAAAGAUCACAAAAAACUUGAUGACAACUGGAAAGCUUCAGCAAGUCACAGUAAUUUGACAAACGAUGCAAUUUAUGCUAAUCUAGCAGCGGAGGAUGUUGCAGGUGAGGUAAGGAGUGGCAUUGCACCCUCUAAGCCUCAACGAACCUCCAGCAUACGAAGUGUACUGUCUCAGUCAGUCAAGAAAUCCGAUGAUGAUGAUGAUGAUACGAGUUAUCACACAGUUAAUAUUGAUUCCGUUGAUUCAUCUCGGCCUGUUGAUGACAAUCAUACCAAUAACUCUUCUCAUUCAAUUGACAAUGAUUUAAAUAUUAAAAUAAACGAAGACAAUGAGCGACAAUGGAAAAAUCAUUUUGAAUCGUGUCUUCGUCAACGUCGAGGCCGUAAUAUUUUUCACCGCAAUCUUGAGGAUAAUUAUAAUGCACUCGUUAUCGCAAAUCAUGAAUCUCUUGCUCAAUUAUUUCAACAAUUAGUGCAAGAAAAUCAAUUAUCGUCAGUUUCAUGUAUCAAGAGAACUAAUCUACAAUUAAAUGAGUUUAAUAUAAAUGUAGAUACAAUUCAAAAAAUUGGCUGUAGAAUUUUUUGCUCAGCUACAUGGAAUAGUAAUCAAGUUAUUUUGUGUUUUUCAUCGGGUGGUCUCACUUCUCUGCCGACUUACAGAGAAUUUUUUAUCGCUCCUUUGGUUGAAUUCAUCGAUUCACUUCCGGACAAUUUAUUUAACAAUUAUACCGAGGAUAUUUCACACGAAAAUGUAACCGUAUCCGUUUUAACGCACAUCCAAGUGGCAACUAUUUCAUCUUACGUCACUUCAAUACGUCAAAAUAAUUGCGAAAACUUAUUUCAACAAACUUGUUUAGUACUUUUACAAUUGGUGAAUGCAUUAAAAAAUCUUCAGGCACGGGGUAUUGAAGAGUUUCCAAAGAGUUUGAGUAACGUUGUGCUUUGCCAAGAGGAAAAGAUAUUAUCAUGGCGAUUAUAUCUUCUUCAAAAUUUGCAUAUUGAUGCUAAUGAUGGCGAAGAAUAUGUUUCUCUUUGUCAAUGUGCUUUAGAAGCUCUUAAAAUGCUUGAUUUGAUAAAUAAAUUUCCUAUUAUCAAACAAUUGUUAAUUCGUGAGAGAGCUGUCAGUCUUUCUCAGGUAAAGGCAGUACUUGAAUACUCACUAUGGGGUCCACCUCAUUCAGUCUUAGGAGCUUGGAAAGAACGUGAAAUAAUUUUACAACGAUGGCUUGAUCUUGAGCGUGCUAAUGUCCUUCACGCUCUAAUUAAAAAACACACACCUCUUACAGUUGCUGAUGAGUACCAACUAGCGUUUUUAAUUCACACAACUGGAAAAAUAAUGUGCGAAGCUUCUGUGCUACUCGACGAACAAAGAUCCGAUGAUGGUCACAGUAAAAUGUAGAAAAUAAAGCAGCU